AUGAUAGCCAGUGUGCACCGGCUAUACAUGGCUCAGCGGCUUUUCUCACGACCAGUGAGCGUAAGAUCAUGUCUCUUCAGCUCCACGUCGACCCCCAUUGUGGCUCCAGGGGUGAGUGAGAGUCAAGUCUCGGACGAGCUACGCGAGCUUCUUAAAGCUGGCUGGGUACUCGAUCAGCCUCGCAGUGGCAUUGAGAAGUCCUACUACUUCAAGACAUACACAAAGUGCCAGGACUUCUUCAAUACUGUUGCCAUACGGAGUAAAGCAAAGAACCACCAUUCGACCAUGAUAAUUAAAGCUGGCUCUGUCCACGUUCACUGGACAACCCAUCAUCCCCGUGGGCUCACACUCCUCGAUACCCUCAUGGCUCGAUACUGUGACGAGCAGUCAGCAUCGAUUGGAACUGUGGACCAGAACCAGAGCAAGAAAUGCCAUCCUGCACCAGCAUAG